UGGACACGCAGCGCUCUACUUAGUGCGUAUGAGCCCAUUGUUUCGUAGCCUAUCCAGUGUACCUAUCUAGGGAGUCUGCAGGCGUUUGGAAGUCCGCCACGCAGCGCUGUGUAGGAAUGCGUCGAGACUCGACUUCCCUGAACAAGUUUAGACGAAAAGUUAGUUUUGAGAGAGUAUAAAACUUAUCAGAAAUUCGUGAAAACCACGACGAACGUUGGACGAACGCCGAGGUUGAUUGAGCAUGGCUUCCCAGACAGCGUUUAAUCUCUGCACGGAUGACUUUGUGACCUCUGGAGACGCUUCACUGCCAGAGGAACCUGGUACAGAGCUUCCCAUGCCUCAACCUGUGAUGCUGGCCAACGUGGCCCUAAACACAGAGUCACCACCAGAGGAGGACAAGCAGAUGGCAGAACUGAUAAACGUCGGAUGCUGUGGCUACUCAGACAGCGAGGACGAGAACGUGGUCCACUACAGCUUCGAUGAUGCGGCCGAAAAUGUGGACGAAGGGACCGGGAUGGGAGAAAACUCAGUAGAAAAAGUCCUCGAAACUACUGAGACGAUGCCAACUGACCUUUCAAAGAAAUCUCCUGAAACAGAACCUUCCGCAAAGCCUAAACAAAGUUCUGUUGCUGCGCCAAUUGCAGCAACAGAACCUGCAAAGAAAAAGAAGAAGCCGUUCUACUGCAAGCCAUGCCACUUUCAAGCUGAGUGUGAAGAGGAAUUUGUCCAGCACAUCCGUGUCCACAGUGCUAAAAAACUGAUUGCAGAAAAGGCAGGAAGUGGAAAUUCAGAUGACGAAUCAAAUCAGGCACAGCAAAAAUCUGCAGAAAACUGUGUCAAGGGCGUGAUCCGCUGUGAGCGCUGCGGCUAUAACACUAACCGUUACGAUCACUAUGUCGCACACCUGAGGCACCACAAGAACGAAGGGGACGAGCAGAGAGUGUUCAGGUGUACCAUUUGCCCAUACUCCACUGUCAGCCAGUAUCACUGGAAGAAGCACCUGAGGAACCAUUUUCCCAGCAAGCUGUUCACAUGCAACCAGUGCAGCUACUUCUCUGACAGGAAGAAUAACUACAUCCAGCACAUUCGCACACACACUGGUGAGCGUCCUUUCCAAUGUGUUUACUGUGACUAUUCAAGCUCUCAGAAGACCCAUCUCACGCGGCACAUGAGAACACACUCUGGUGAGCGACCGUUCAAAUGUGACAGCUGCAGCUAUUUGGCAGCCAAUCAACACGAGGUGACGCGUCAUGCCAGGCAGGUGCAUAACGGACCCAAACCACUCAGCUGUCCUUACUGCCAGUACAAAACAGCCGAUCGCAGCAAUUUCAAAAAGCAUGUGGAGCUGCAUCUCAAUCCACGGCAGUUUCUUUGCCCCGUCUGCAAGUAUGCUGCAUCCAAGAAAUGCAACCUGCAGUAUCACAUCAAGUCCAGGCACCCAGGAUGCUCUGAUAUCUCCAUGGACGUGUCCAAGGUCAGGCUGAGGGUGAAGAAAGCAGAUGGGGAUGAUUCAAACGUAGGCCCCAUCAACCUCUCUAUUAAAAAGAGUGGAAAGACAAAUUUGGAUGGUGAGAGUGCCAAAAAACCCACAUCCGAACCCACGAAAGAAAAAACGUGUUUGAAGAGAGUGGAGAAAAGAGCUGCGCCAAGAAAUGAAGGAAACGAAACAAGCAGCAAGAAAGCGAGAAUUAAAGAAACUGUCCCCUGUGUUGAGAAACAAGAUGGAAAGAAAGACAAGGAGGUGAAAAAAGCAGAGAAGGUUGCAAAAUCUGCUGACAGAGUCACUAAAAGUCGCACUAAAAAAGAAGAAAAGGCUGCAAAGGAAAAGAAAGACAUACUCACCAAAAAUCAGGAUGGUUCUGAAGAGGAAAACAGAGCAGAUCUCGAGAAGAGGCAGCCGAAUCAAAGGAUUGAGAAAGAAACGAGAGCAAAGGAGCAGAAGCAAAGAGAGGAGGAGGAAAGACGAGAAAGAAAGAGGCAGGAGUAUGAAAGACUGGAGAGAGCAAAGAAAGAGAAAGAACAGAAGCACAGGGAGGAGGAGGAGAGGAGAGUAAAAGAGCAACAGGAGAAAGAAAGACUUGAGCAGGAAAUGAGGGAGAAGGAGCAGGAAGAAAGGAGAGAAAGAGAGAGGGUGGAGAAAGAAAUGAAGGAGAAAAGUGAGGAGGAGGAACGGAGAAAGAGGGAGAGGCUGGAGAAAGAAAUGAGAGCAAAAGAGCUGAAGCAGCAGGAGGAGGAAGAGGAAAGAAGAAAAAGCGAGAGAGUGGAGAGAGAAUUGAGGGAGAAGGAGCUGAAGCAAAAGCAGGAGGAGGAAUGGAGAGAAAGAGAGAGGCUGGAGAAGGAAAGCAAACUCCAGAAAAAUGAUGUACAGAAAAGAGAGGUGGAAAAUGUUAAAGGUUCCAAAAAGGCACUAACCAGGAAAGCAACCAAGAAACAGGCAGGAGCAGUGAAUUGUGAUGUUCUGGAGAAGCCUCCGAAUCGUGAGGAAGCCAAGCCGAAAAUGGUGAAAUGCAAAAAAGCAGAGAGUGCUCCCUCUCCUCAGGCAGAUAAGACCAAACGCAGGAAGGUGAAGAUUGCAAACAGUCAACACACAAGCAUAAGCACAUCUGAAGAGGUGAAGAGGUCAAAGGGCAAUGGAAGGCAAAGCAGAAAGACAAGCAAGGCGGCGGUAGGUGUUGAGGCAGCAAAAGCUCUGGAACAUUCCUCCGAACCUAAAAAAGUGCAGUCCAGCCCAGUAAAAGUUCAAAUCUCAACAGAGAAAGUGUCUUGCACUUCUGAAGAGCUGAGCAUAACCAAAAAUCCAUCAGAGGAGCCGUCUUUAGAAGAUGAAAUCACAAGCGUGAAGACCACCACUGAAGGAAAGGGCACUGUGGAAGCACAGACAUCUUCAGAUAUUGAUAGUGGGACAGAUAGUCCAACACUGGACCUGUCCAAACCACCGUGUAGCAAAUCUCAGGAUGGUGAAGACGAUGAGGGCAUCCACAGCCAUGACAGCGUUAGUGACAUCAGCGACUGUGCCUCGGAGGUAAGUUACGACUCCGGGCUCAACGGGAAGCUUCCGGAAACACCGACUGAAGAGCUUCCGUCGCCCACACAGUUGCUCAGCCACACGUGCGUGUUCUGUGACCGCACUUUCCCGCUGGAGAUGGACUACAGGCGGCAUCUCAAUCGCCACCUGGUUAACGUCUAUUACCUGGACACUGCAACACCGGGGAAAUAGUAGACUUCAUUUUCAGUCAUCUUGGUCAUUUAAAAGUGUCCAGUAGCAACCAUAAUUCAAGGCAGCUGGAUUUCGACUAUCAUUUAAAGCCUGACUUGCCUCUAGACAUCUUGACUUAAAGCCUCAGCAUUCUUUAUACAGAGAUGACAGUUGGAAGAUUUAGCAGACGGUGCAUUUAGGAGGCAUUCUUUCACCAAUUAAUCAUCAUUUUGUCAUUUACCUCUCCCUGUGAGCUUUUUCUGGGCAUAUCUAAAUGUAAAUCAGCUGUGCUGUGAAUAUGGUUGGUAAUUUCUGUCUGAUUAGCAUUUAUCAACAUGUGCACCUGAGUACGAAGAAAAUCAGCGUUAACAAAACUGGUCAGUCUCCCUGGAAUUUUUUGUUCAGUUUGGCGUACAAAAAUAUUUGCACACAAAGUUUUUUAUUUUUUAUUUUAUUUUAUUUUUUUUUUUUAAAGAUGGCCUUUAUUUAAGGGUGGGUGUCUUGUAUGGUUGCUUAUUGUGGACAAAUUUGAAGAAAGAAAAAAAAAAAACGGUUUAACUGUGUAUCCCUCUCAGAAGGUAAUCACAUAAUUCCAUUUAUAAGACAAAAGUUCUGUGAAAGUUUUCAGAACUGUUACACAAAAUCAUCAUAAUAUGUGAUCUCAGCACAUGCCUGAUAAUUAUCUUAUUAUGUAAUCCUAUGGGAAUUAAUCAUGUGUAGAAACAAGCAAAUGUUACUUUGUAGAUUGAUUUUUCCUUCCAUACUUUUAUCUUUGAGCACUCGAGUGGAGAGAGACUGAAUAUUUUGUUCAUUUUCAGCUUCAUAAUUCAGUCCAAAGAUUGUUUAAGACUGUUUGACGGUCUCUUGCUCCUGUUCCUUAAAGGAAGAGUUUGGCCAAAAAUGAAAUGCACACAUUGUUCCCCUUGAACUAUAUACUGUAAGCUUCUCUUACUGGUUAGCAGCGUUAAAUUUGUAGCUUGAGUGCAAAGCUAAACCAGCAAACUACAUAUGGGGGUAGGGAGAAAACUGUUGAGCUUUACACUGUAUGUGUAACUCCAGAUGCUUCUGACAAUCUUUUUUUUUUCCCUUUGGUCAUUUUGUACUUUUUGUUGUUAUUGUGACUUUCUCUUUCCUGCUUUGUCUGCUAAUUUUCAUCAAAAUGAAUUCUGAUUCUAACCUUGUGCCAUUGAUCUGAUGUGUGUGAACUAGAACCAUGCUCAAUUUUCAUGGCCACCUAACUUGUCUGUGCUGUUUAAAAACAAAAUACAAGUAGAUUUUUUUAUGAAGUGCAAUAAUGUAUAUUGGAUAUACCAAAGUGGAAAAACUCCCCUGACCCACAACUAACUCUCUUUUGUAAAGAAUAAAAGUUAGAUUAGAAUUGCUAUUACUGUAAAUGUUUCUUGGAGAUUUUACUUACAUAUGGAUUUGCAUAUUCUUUUACAGAUGUAAUCCAGAGUGCUUUAUAGUUCAUAAUAUGUGCAGAUACUAACAAUGGAUCUGUUUAAAUGUUUUGUGGAAGAAAUAGGCUCCUUAGAAACUGUUGUGAUUCUGUGUACUUGUAUGUAAGAACCAAUAUAUCAUUAAAAAUAUUGAACUCUUAAAUGUGAAUGUCUCUUGGCAAAAAAGGUACAAAUAAACAUUAAAGGUAAACAGCUGGCAUAAAAACAUUUUAACAUCUAGUCAUCUAACCAGUUGGUGUUAUAAAAGGCAAAAUGCUUUCAAAUGUUCCUAAUGAUACAGGUGCAUU